AUAUAACUUUUAAAAUCGUGUAUAACUUUGCUCUUUGAAAAGCCCCAACUUGAAUUGAAAAGGGGAAUUAGGGUUUACUCAAAUAAUCGGGGAUGGCUUCUACCAAAUCAAGCGAGACCGAUAGAAAGGACGGAUCUUGCGAGACUCAACCGACGGAGGCCAUGGAAAUUCCCACCGGAGAUGACUCUUCUUUGCUGGGGAAGCGCAAGGUCGAAACAACGAACCUGGAGGAGGAUCCCGGUGAAAACGAUGGCGACAUAGAAGAAGGUGUCGAGGAGGAGGAGGAGGAUAGUGAUUCGGAAUGGGAUAAGGAUAGCUUCGAGGGACGGGAGUAUCAUUCCUCUGGGUUUGAGGAGGAGUAUAUGGACAAGGAACUUGAGAAGAAAGCCCGUUUUAAAAGUCGCACGGUCAUCGAAACCAAGGGCUUUUUCGAGGCAACUGACAAAUUCCCACCUUGCUGCUGGGGUGGGAUUGCUACAGUCCCGGGUCUUGAUGAUAAAAUGCGUCGAGGUAUCACAGUUCGUCAGUUCUUAGCAGACAUGGUAUCUCUUUGUGUUGAAAAAUAUAACAAACGAAAGGGAUUAAAUGUGACUUGCGAGCAUGUUUUGAGGGCUAAUUUCAAGGCAGGGAGCUGCACAAAGUACUACAUCACUUUUGCUGCUAGAGAGUCUGACUCUCCUGAUGCACCUCUAGUCGAGUAUCAAGCUAAAGUGGCUUGGUCUGCUGGCAUUACUUAUCCCAUCCUUUGCAGACCCACUUCUCCACCAAAAUUCGUUGAAAGAGAUCAAGUGAAAGAGGUAGCCGAGGAGGUUAUGGAAUAAAGCAGUUGAAGAAUUUCACAAGCUUGUUGUUUUAGCCUGCUGCUUUCUGUAACGAGUCUAGUAGACCAAUUAGUUAUUCACUAGUAUUUUUCUACGUUAAAGACCGAUUGUGUAUUACCCGGAUCUUUCUGAAUUUCGCCAGCUAUGUUAAGUUUAUCUCGUUGAUUGAGAUUUGUACUCCAUUUCUUAUCUUCUGCUAUGAAUUGGUACUCCAUUUCUUAUCUUCUGCUAUGAAUUGGUUGUAAUAAAAUUUCAAGACUAUUUAUGAUUAUGAUUGAUGCUAGUA